AUGGCUGCUUUGGUGCAGACGCUGCCUCCUCAAACUACAACGGUCUCAAUGCUAGGGCGGCCCUCUUCCUCAGGGGGCUAUUCUUCACAAGCAUCGCACAGCCAGAUGAGGAACCACCAGCAGCCGACUCGAUAUAACAUGCCAGCAACUGGUUAUAGGGGCAUGCCCGCCAGUGGGCCCAUCGCUCCUCCUUAUGCCUUCACAUCUACACCGCAAUUGCCCAAUACCAUCAACACUCGUCCUCUCGCACUCAACUCGGGUAGAUCCAUCUCGUCCCCCAAAGCUCCUCACCCAGGUGCUUCCCCUUCCUCACAACCUACCUCACCCGCUGGCCUUCCACGGAUCGAUGCUGGAAAUCGUCUGUCGCUGGGUCUGCCUAUCAUAACCUCUGAGCCCUUGAUGCCGCCACCUCAAUCAAAUCUCAAUUCAGCCAAACCAUCUCCUGAUCGUUAUCGACGAACUGUUCGAAGGAGCGAAGGGGAAAUCGGUCUGAACCGAGCUGCUGGGGGAUCCGCUCCGCCGUCAGGCUCUGGCAUGGCUGCAGUUGGCUCACUCUACAAUCAUCCUCUUCAGUCAAACAGCACACCUUCGCUAAGUUCGAGUUCUCAACAAUCACACCGAAGUUCUACGUACGGCAAUCCGGUGCAAAAUAAGAAACCCAGUGCAGACGACCUCCAGUUAGCCCGGCCGCAGCCACCUGAGUUGGCUGCAAGAUAUCGAAGACGCAGUUUUGGCAGCAUUCAAACAGCAGGUUUGAACCACUCAACUGAUCCGCAAGAAACGGCUUCGCCUCAUCCUAACACGUUCCUUGAUUCGGCACAAACGGCCCCACCUUCUACAACGCCUGUUCAACGACCGAAUCACCAUAGACAAACCUCGAGCUCUGACAGCAUCAAUUCGUCGAAGUCGAAUCGAUCGUCGAGGCCUGGAUCUGCUCAGUCCCCAGCGGCCGGUAGCCCGGUGUCCUCUCCAAAACAAGAACCAAGACUUGCGGCCCCUUCCCGACCUGGAGAUUCCAGCAUCCGCCAGCCUUCCCCCCUAUCAAGACCAAUGAACAUGACAAGCGACAACACCGAUGACAAUCGCCCAAUACCUCCUACCACUCUACCCCCGCCGGCGAUGUCCACAACCAGCUUGGCUGCCGAACAGCUCGCGGCUGUCAGCAAGAAGGAUGCCAAGAAAUCGAAAUCGAAGUUACGUAGGGCCUUCUCAUUCGGCAGUGCGGCAGAGCUUAGGAAAGCAACUGCGCAACACAACCUCGAGAAGAGUGUGGCCAACAGGGACUCGGCCACCACCUCCAAGAGGCAUUCAAAAUAUGAAGAUGAGCUGGAGCCCGAACAAGCUCGUAUUGCAGAGAAGCAAGAGGCCGCAGGGUUGGGCGAGAGCAUCUACUCAGGCCAAGGCAACUUCUUUACUGGCUCAACUGACAAUCUAUCGAUAUCCUCAACGGCUUCUUCAGCCUCGGUGAUGCUCCGUAAGAUGGGCAAAGGGGUGAAGAAAGGAACUCGAUCUCUUGUCGGUCUGUUCCGGCCCAAGUCGGUGGUCGGCGUGCCCGCAGCUGAUGCUCCAAUCAACCAAGCGAGCUUAGCUCAGGUGUCUAUGGUUACUGUCGAGGCCGAAAGAGAAAAUGUCAAUGUCAACGUCAAUCCUCGUGACCAACCAGGAGGUGGGACAGGAUUCCCCAAGCUGGAGCAAAAUUCAGUCGACACAAAGCUCUCGUUUGAAAGCGGCACUGUAUCGAGUGAUACACGCUCGCGACCCAGCAUUGUUGGCACGGAAAAAGAGCGUGCCGAUGUGCUUGCUGCCGUUAAGAAAGGAAUCCUCAAGCGGACAGAUUCCAAUCAGCCAUCCCCGAAGGCGAAACCCUACGACUUCAAGGUCCCAGAUUUCAACCUGCCACAGAUCCCGCAUAUCAACGACUCGCCUAGAUCGAGUGCGCCCAGCACUCCUGCUGACGAACCUCCUCGGUCCGGACAUCGUCGGACUGACUCUAUUACAAUCCAAGAGAGUAAUGACCCUGAUGACUACUUCACUGUGGAUAGAUUUGGCAGCCUAGACUCGAAGAAUACCCCCGAGACACCCCAGACCCUGAUGCGCAACAUAUCAUUCAGCCCACGGAUUCAAUUCCACGACACUUGGCCCAGUGGAGAAUAUGAUCGCCGCGGCGAGAUAGCAACGUGCAAUCGAUUGACUCCGAUGCUCGCACAGCAGAUCAAAGAGGAACUCAACACUUUCAAGAUGGAGAUGGAGGUUCACGAGUCAUCCAAGGUCUACACACACUUUUUCUAG